AUGCCGUCUUUCGGAUUGUAUGCGCGGACGCUCCGCGCCUAUGCCCACCAUGGCUCCAACCCCGUCCCCGUCCUCUCGCGCGCCUUCUCCGCCACCGCCCGCCGCGCCGAAAUCAACAAAGUCUACCCCUCCGCCAAAGCCGCCCUCGCCGACAUGAAGCCCAACACGACGCUCCUCUGCGGCGGCUUCGGCCUCUGCGGCGUGCCCGACACACUCAUCGACGAAGUCCUCGCGAAGCCUGAGAUCGGCGGACUGACUGCCGUCUCGAACAACGCUGGAACGGACAAGUCCGGCCUCGGCAAGCUCCUCAAGACGGGCCAGAUCCGCAAGAUGGUGGCUAGCUACAUCGGCGAGAACAAGACCUUCGAGACCAUGUACCUCACGGGUAAGGUCGAGCUGGAGUUGACGCCUCAGGGUACGCUUGCCGAGAGGUGUUCGGCUGGCGGUAGGGGUGUUCCCGCGUUCUAUACCCCUGCUGGUGUGGGCACCGUUGUGCAGACUGGUGAUCUCCCGCUUAAGAACAAGGCCGAUGGCACUCCCGAUGAGUUUUCUUAUCCCAAGGACGUCAAGGUUUUCAACGGAAAGCCUUACGUCCUCGAGCACAGCAUCGCGGGAGACUACGCCUUCGUCAAGGCGUACAAGGCCGACAGGCUCGGAAACUGCCAGUUCAGGCUGGCCGCUAACAACUUUAACGGCGCUAUGGGCCGAAACGCUAAGAUGACCAUUGUCGAGGCCGAGCACAUCGUCGAGCCCGGCGAGAUCGCCCCCGAGUCCGUUCACCUCCCCGGUAUCUACGUCAAGAGGGUCAUCCAGAGCACGUCGGAGAAGGGCAUCGAGAAGUUCACCUGGGCCAAGGAUGAGAACGACGCUGAUGCCAAGUCUGCCCUCGGCACUGGCGACACCGCCGCCAAGAGGGAGCGCAUCGUGCGCCGCGCUGCGAAGGAGUUCAAGAACGGCAUGUACGCUAACCUCGGUAUCGGCAUGCCCAUGCUCGCACCCACCUUCGUCGGCCCCGAGGUCGAGGUCCAGCUCCAGUCCGAGAACGGUAUCCUCGGUCUCGGCCCUUACCCCAAGAAGGGCGAGGAGGACGCCGAUCUCAUCAACGCCGGCAAGGAGACCGUCACUCUCAACCCCGGUGCCGCCGUCUUCGGCAGCGAGGAGAGCUUCGGUAUGAUCCGGAGCGGACGUAUCGACUUGACUAUUCUCGGUGCUAUGCAGGUUAGCGCCACCGGUGACCUUGCCAACUGGAUGCUUCCCGGUAAGGUUAAGGGCUUCGGCGGUGCUAUGGACCUUGUUAGCAACCCCAAGGGAACCAAGGUCGUUGUUACCAUGGAGCACACGGAUAAGAAGGGUAACCCCAAGAUUGUGAAGCAGUGUGCUUUCCCUCUUACUGGCCCUGCUUGUGUCUCGCGUAUCAUUACUGAGUUGGGUGUUUUCGAUGUCGACUUCAAGACUGGACUUACCCUCGUCGAGAUUGCUGACGGUGUCACGGUUGAGGAGAUCAAGAGCAAGACGGAGGCUCCCUUCAAGGUUGCCGAUGACUUGAAGCCCAUGUUGUAA